GCGUACCAGAAAAAGCAACAACAGCUCUACCCCGAGAGUUCUGUCGAGUUAGUGUCAGCAUUUGUUUGACUUGAAAUCAUGCCAGGUCUAGCAGCCCAGCCAAAACAGGUUCAGCUCUUCGCGAAGAAGGAGCUUCUCAACCCUCACUUCAACGGGUACAAGUUUGCAUCGUUCAAUGAUCGUGACAACCUGAUCACGCAAGAACUCGAGCUUCCGCCAUAUCGACCGACGUUACCUGUUGGUGCACGAGUGCCAUACAGCGAGGUACGAGUUCGGACGCAAUGGGAGUUCUUGACGCCGGGGUGGGAGAAAGGGAGUGCUUGGUAUGUGGCAGCUGAGGGAGAAGUUGUGAGGGUCGCUUGGAAUAGCGACAAUCGAAAAACCUCGUCGUCGGUCGUGGCACGGAUUCCUCUACCAAAUCCCGGGAGUCUAAAGAGUUUGGACAAAACCGAUCUAUAUCCUUACUACCCGACUGUAAAUGCAGUACGGCAAGACUUACUGUUGGUAUCCGACGGCGCUGGGCUGUUCUACUGCCUACGUCUGUCAGAAGAAAACGCUCGAGCUGAGAUCUUUGCUCAACUUCCAUACAGCAACGAAAAGGAACCCGUAUUGCUGCUUGAUGCGUUCAUGGCUCAGGAUGACUCUAUCCAGAUCCUGGUCUGCCGUCCAUCGGGAGAGGAGGUAAUAGGUGAAAACAAGCAGGGUUCAGUCCAGAGAUGUUACCGGGUCGAACAUGCAAGAUUGGCAACGUCAGGUUUCAAGAUCGAUGUCUUAUCAACGCUUGAAGGGCGGGAGAUUCCAGUAUAUGCGGCAUUUGACAGGGACUCACCAAAUGUCUUUGUUGUAUCUGGCUCGGAGAGGUACGGUGUUGUAGAAGCAUCAGAGGAGGUGGCGCUUGAGCAAGACCAGCAUCAAGAAAAGCCUAGGCCGAAGUACACAUGGACGCAAACGGGCACAGAUCUUACCAUCUCAAUCCCAGUGCCUGAGAAAACUUCAAAGACCGCCAUCAAAGUGCACUACUCUGCGAAGACUUUGCAAGUGACCAUUGCAGACAUCUUCAAACCCUUCAAUUCGGACCAGGAGCUGAACCUGUGGGGUCCGAUUGAUGUUGAAGACAGCACAUGGACUCUGUCCUCGUACUCCGACAAGUCGAGCAAUAUCAAGAUCCUCGAUAUUUAUUUCGAGAAGAAAGACGCUAAUACGCGAUGGCCUCAUAUGUUCAUGGAAGACGACGGUGCGGAGGAAUACGUGGAUCCCAGUGAGCGGGCGGCGAUGUUGGAGAAGCUGGAGAAAUACACACAAACGCUGACUGAGGACAAUCCCGGCGUAGGGUUACCUGAAGCACGUAUGCGGGAGGAGAGAGAUGACAGUGUGGAUGUGAACAACUACACAUACCUGCAGCUUGUUCAAGACGGAAGAAUUGCUAUUGAGGUGGCUGGGGUCGAACUCGUUGGCUCUCAGUUCGCAAAUCCCAAGCAGAGGGCGCACUUCGUUGCAAAGCGUGACGUAGAUGCUCUGGUUUACAAAAUCAUCGCCGAGGGCAUGUCGCAUGAAGCUUCAUACUCUGCGCUGGCUUUUGUUGCCGCUUCUAAACGAUCGAGGAAAUACGUCAAGGUCGAGCCGACUGGGAGGUGGGCAGUGGUUCUCGAGAGUGGUGCAGCGGGUGGCAAGAAUGCUUACGUCUAUUGGGGCAGUAAGCGUGGUGAUGAGAACGGAAAACAGAGUGUUGUUAGGUUAGGUAUGGAGCCUUUGGGUGCGGUCAUCGUAGGGGAGGGUUCGGUACUGAUCCUGGGAACGAGUGAGGACGGACGAGUUCUGGCUACGGUGUUGACCGAUCUAUGAGAUCUUCGUCACUUCGAAAGAAAAAUAAAACAAGCAUGAUCAGAC